AUGGGUAAAAGAGGACCGAAAAAGAACUACUUUGUAGUAUGUCGAGGUAGAACAACUGGAAUUCUUGAUGGGUGGGCUCAAUGUGAGGCAUCUACAUCAGGUUUCUCGGGUGCCAAAUUCAAAGGUUAUGAGACUCAUGAUGAAGCUCAAAAAGCAUGGAAUGAGUGGUUACAAUCUCAAGGCUUUGCGCCUACUGAAGGUGCACCACAUGAUACAUUAGAGCAUAAUCUUACAGAUAUCUCUAGAGUUGUAAAUCGAACCGCGAUUGACAAUCAUUUAAAAGUACGGGUAGGGCUAAAAAGGAAGUACGAAGAUGAAGAUGCUUCCAUGAACAUCAAUGAUAGUGUCGUAAUAACCUCUGCUCGGCCGAUCGAAGCAGAAGUCAGUGCUAUAUCAACCGAAAAGACCUUUAUUGACCUUACAGAAAUUCCAGAACGUACAAUGUCGACUGACAGACUUCUCGAUCCCGAAGGAGGAAAAACACCAUUGUUCAAGAAGGCAAAAUCUGGCGACAGCACACCUACACUAAACCCUGAUGUUGAAAUUCCAGACUCAGAAUUUGAGUUAUCUGAUGAAGAAAUUUUCGAUAACAUCACUCCAACCUGUGAAGAUGUUCCUAAGCCCGUUGAACUUACAACCGAGCAGAAAUCAGUCGUCAAGAUGGCAAUGGGUAGAGAUAAUAUUUUCCUCACCGGUGCCGCUGGAUCUGGGAAAACGGUUACCCUACUGCAAAUCAUAGAAAAGCUAAAGAAAACGCUACAGGAUAACAAUUCAAAUAUGCCGAAAGUUCAGGUUGCUGCUCCUACUGGAUUGGCGGCACUGCCCUUGAAUGGAAGAACAACAUAUUCAGUUGCUGGAUGGAAACCAGAUUCAUUUAAAAUGCCCCUUGAUCAGCUUCUUGGCGAUGAUAACAUAAAGAAGAGAACAAUUAAAGCUCUUCGAAAGUUAGAAGUUCUCAUAUUGGAAGAAAUUUCAAUGGUUGAAAGCCAAUUUCUUGAGCGUUUCAAUUUACUUCUCCAGACGGUAAAGCAAACCAAGAAACCUUUCGGGGGUAUUCAAGUGAUAUUUCUGGGUGACUUUUAUCAACUUCCUCCUGUGAAACCAUUCGAGCAUUGCAUCAUGUGUGGAGUUGAAAUGGCUGGGGCAUUUGACCGUGUUUGUAAGAGUAAUCUAUGCAAAGAUCGUUCAGAUAAUAUCCCUUUCAAGCCGGGUGAUAAAUGGGCAUUCAAUGCUCCCGUGUGGAAACAGCUUAAGUUUAGACAUGUCAAGUUGGAGCAAAUUCAUCGACAAAAGGACGAGAAGUUCAAAGACCUGUUAAACAAAGUUCGCAAUGGUGUUGACUUGAGUGAUGCAGAAUGGCAUGAUUUGAUACGUCCAAAGGUGCUUCCACCCCAUGCUUUUCCUAUACGUCUCAUGGCAAAGCGUUUUGAUGUUGACAGGUUCAAUGAUUCUCAACUGGAUUUGAUAAAAUCAGAAGCAAAGGUCUGGGAAGCCCUUGAUGAUUCAUGUCAGCUCUAUCGAAAUGACCUUGAUUACCUGCGUCAGCACGAGAUUAACAGGAAGGUGGAAGAAUACAAAAUCGCCAUAUCGGAAUAUCAUCGUUUUCCCAAAAGGUUGACGCUAAAAGUUGGUGCGAAAGUAGUUUUACUUCACAACCAAGAACAAAAAGGUGGCUUGGUGAACGGAUCUCAGGGUACUAUAGUCGGAUUCGUAAAUGCACAAAAAUGGCCAGCAGCUGUGAUCCAGGGUGACCAUGCAGAUUGGCGACAAGUUCAAAUGAACCAUUUUAUUGAGAAGAACCCUUGGAGACCUGUCGUGAAGUUUACGGAUGGUAAAACAACUGCAAUCGCGCCGGUUUCAUCAGAGACUUUGAUGGGAACUGUAGAAGAUAGAUAUCUCGCUUGCAGAACUCAAAUACCACUCAUCUUAGCCUGGGCUUUGUCGAUUCAUAAAAGUCAAGGUAUGACGAUGGAACAUGUUGAGGUAUCAAGAAAAGAUAUUUUUGAGUCAGGUCAAUUAUAUGUUGCUUUAUCACGGGCAACGACGUUGGAGGGCCUCACGGUUACAGGUUACUCCAGGGAACAAAUCGCUAUGGAUGAGGAUGUUGUGGACUUUUAUCAAAAGACGCAGUGGGAGAACUUACAGCCUCCUUCUGAAUGA